AAUAUUUUUUAGCUACCUUCCCUCCCACUAAGAUCAGGUCCUGAUUUUCGUCGUCGCCUCUCCGCGUAUUCCGCUGCGAUCAAGAAACCCACCGGGAUCUUCCCUAAUGUCCAGUCUUCUGUCAUCAUUUGCCUCUCCCGUAGCGACCGUCUUGAAGCCCGAUCCAGCUCCUUCCUCCGCCACCGUCAGCAGCAUCGCGCCUGUUGUCACCCCUUGUCACAAUCACCACUGGUUCGCUGGUCGUCGCCCUGGUUUCUCGUCCGCUGAUCCAUCACCUCAACUUAAUCGCCUUGCCUCCUCUCACUCGAAUCCACGCCGCAGCUCCCGCCGGUUUCGCAUUGCCGCAACCACCCCCUCUUCCUCCUCCUCUUCCUCCUCCUCUUCCUCCUCCUCUUCCUCCUCCUCUUCCUCCUCCUCUUCCUCCUACUCCCUCUCCCCGUCCUCCUCUGCCGCGUUUCCUGCCGCAAUGUCUGCUGCCGACUCCCAGCCGACGCCGUCUGUGCCGGAGCGUGCCGUCCGCUUCACAGUGACCAACGGCGACGGCAACCGCCUCUCCGCGUUCCUCGUGGAGCCCGACGCGACGCUCACCGAAGCGCCGACCCGCGGGACGGCUAGUGGCGGCGGCGGCGUUAGUAGCGUAGCGGAUGGGAGCGCCAAAGUGGUGGUCUUAUGCCAUGGAUUCCGGUCCACGAAGCUGAGCUCGACGGUGCAGAAGCUGUCGGACGCCAUUCUGGCCGCAGGAUUCGCCACUGUGAGAUUCGACUUUUCGGGCAAUGGGGAGAGCGACGGUGCGUUUGCGACGGGCAAUUACCGACACGAGGCGGCUGACCUGCAGUGCGUGGUGGAGUGGGUGAGGGCGCAGGGCAGGCACGUGGAGGCAGUCAUCGGGCACAGCAAAGGUGGCAACUGUGUGGUGCUGUAUGCAUCCUUGUACCAGGAUGUGCCCAAGGUCAUCAACGUGAGUGGCCGCUACGACCUCUCAAGGGGCAUCAGGGAGCGCUUUGGGGAGGAGGGAAUGGCAAAGCUGGAGGAGGAAGGGCAGCUGACCCAGCAGGAUAAAUACGGCUCCUACGUUGUGACGAAAGAAAGCAUUCAGGAGCGUCUGGCAACGGACAUGGCUGCCGCAUCACGCGCCAUCCCAACAUCCUGCAGUGUGUAUACCAUCCAUGGAUCCGAAGACGCCGUAGUGCCAGUCGAAGAUGCAAGCUCGUUCCAUGCAGCCAUUCCUAACCAUGGCCUCUGCAUCAUUGAGGGUGCUUGCCAUAACUUCAGGCUGCAUGGUAGGGACUUGGGUGAAGCAGCUGUUGCCUUCCUCCUUGAUAAGCCUUCGUAGUUGAUCGAUUAUGAGCACCAUCCUUCAAUAGAAUGCCUAUUAUAUGGUGUUUGAUUGAGAUUGACGAGAAGUACUGAAACUGUUGCUGAUGCGAUGGAUAGUAUCGGGGAAAGGACUUCCAGUGCGACCAUCACUUACUGUUUAGCGAUUUGCUGAUUGACUC